CUACAUACCUGCUGUUUAUGUAAAAUGCCUGAUGAGAAGCAAUUGUCUAUAUUUUCAAUCAUUUAUAGUUUUAAAAUAACGCUAUACUGCAAUAGGAUUUAUUGAAGAUUUUUUUUUUUCCUUUGCGCAUGCGGAUUAAGAACAUGUACCAACCACCAAGUGACCAUUGAUCUUUCUCCGCCUCCUUCUAACGGCAGUGAUGCGUUAGUGGGCAGCACGCAUAAUUGUUUGCUUGUGUAUCUGUAAUGGAAAUUGCUUGAAAUUGUGCAAAAAUGACUGGGAACAUUGGAAUGGAAAACUUGAUUCCCAUUGUAAAUAGAUUACAAGAUGCUUUUACAAAGCUUGGAGUUAAUUUAUCACUCGAUUUGCCUCAGAUAGCAGUAAUAGGAGGGCAGAGUGCUGGAAAAAGUAGUGUUUUGGAGAAUUUUGUGGGGAAAGAUUUUUUGCCAAGGGGCUCUGGUAUUGUAACAAGACGUCCUCUUGUUUUACAGUUAAUUUUCUCCAACCAAGAAUAUGGAGAGUUCUUACAUGCAAGAGGCAAAAAAUUCACAGAUUUCGAUGCCAUCCGUAAAGAAAUUGAAGAUGAGACGGACAGAAUGACAGGAUCUAACAAGGGCAUAUCAAAUGCGCCUAUAAAUUUAAGAGUAUAUUCUCCAAAUGUUUUGAAUUUGACCCUUAUUGAUUUACCUGGAAUGACUCGAGUUCCAGUUGGCGACCAACCUCCAGACAUUGAACAACAAAUUAAAGAUAUGCUUCUUACAUACAUAAAGAGAGAGACUUGCUUGAUACUUGCAGUAACUGCUGCAAAUCAAGAUUUAGCAACUUCAGAUGCUCUUAAGCUUGCUAAAGAAGUUGAUCCGGAAGGCUUACGUACAAUUGGUGUAAUAACAAAACUUGAUUUGAUGGAUGAAGGAACUGAUGCUAGAGAUAUAUUAGAGAAUAAGCUUUUGCCUUUGAGAAGAGGCUAUAUUGGAGUUGUCAAUCGAAGCCAGAGAGAUAUAGAAGGUAAAAAGGAUAUUAAGGCUGCAAUGGAAGCAGAAAGAAAAUUUUUCCUCAGUCAUCCAAGUUAUAGGCACAUGGCAGAUCGUAUGGGAACACCAUAUUUACAACAGGUGCUGAACCAGCAGUUGACUAACCACAUUAGGGACACAUUGCCUGCACUUAGAGAUAAAUUACAGCGGCAGAUGCUUUCUAUGGAAAAGGAAGUUGAAGAAUUCAAACAUUUUCACCCUGAUGAUCCGUCACGUAAAACAAAAGCCAUGUUACAGAUGAUUCAACAACUUCAGACAGAUUUUGAGCGUAAUAUUGAAGGCUCAGGAUCUGCAUCUAUUAACACAAGUGAACUUUCUGGUGGUGCAAGAAUAAACAGAUUAUUUCAUGAAAGAUUUCCUUUUGAAAUUGUAAAGAUGGAAUUUGAUGAAAAGGAAUUGCGAAGAGAAAUAGCUUUUGCUAUUAGAAAUAUCCACGGCAUCAGAGUUGGGCUUUUUACCCCUGAUAAGGCAUUUGAAGCAAUUGUCAAGAAACAGAUAGCUAAACUAAAAGAACCUGCUUUGAAAUGCGUGGAUCUUGUUGUUGCAGAGUUAGGAAAUGUAGUCAGAAAGUGUACUGAUAAAAUGAGCAGGUAUCCUCAUUUAAGAGAAGAAACAGAAAGAAUAAUAAUGUCUUUCAUCAGGGAAAGAGAACAGAAAACUAAAGAGCAGCUUAUUUUGUUGGUUGAUGUAGAAUUGGCUUAUAUGAACACUAAUCAUGAAGAUUUCAUUGGAUUCUCAAAGUUCCAGGAGUCAAUGAUGGUUGCUCAACAGACUGCUGAAGUUAAUACUGGGAAGAGGAAGCUAGGCAAUCAGGUUAUACGUAAAGGAUGGAUGUGCAUACAUAAUUUAGGAAUCAUGAAAGGUGGUUCAAGAGAUUAUUGGUUUGUUCUGACAUCUGAAACAUUAUCAUGGUAUAAAGAUGAAGAAGAAAAAGACAAAAAGUACAUGUUGCAGCUUGAUGGUCUACAAGUUAAAGAUAUUGAAUCUGGCUUCAUGUCAAAGCGUCACACCUUUGCCUUGUUCAAUCCAGAGAAUAGGAAUGUUUACAAGGAUUACAAACAGUUAGAACUGUCAUGUGAAAGUUUAGAAGAAGUGGAUAGUUGGAAAGCUUCCCUACUUCGAGCUGGGGUAUAUCCAGAGAGAACGUCUUCAGAGCUCACAAAUGGAGAAGAAGGUUCUUCAGAAGGAUCCACAUCAAUGGACCCCCAGCUGGAAAGACAAGUUGAAACUAUUCGCAACCUUGUGGAUUCUUACAUGAAGAUCAUUACAAAAACAUUCCGUGAUCUUGUCCCUAAAAUUCUGAUGCAUUUGACUAUUAACAGUACCAAAGACUUUAUAUAUUCUGAAUUGCUAGCAAACCUAUAUUCUGCUGGAGAUCAGAGUUCUUUGAUGGAAGAAUCACCAGAGGAAGCUCAUAAAAGAGAAGAAUUGCUGCGCAUGUAUCAUGCUUGUAAAGAAGCCUUAAAUAUUAUUGGUGAUGUUUCUAUGCACACUUCUUACUCUCCCAUGCCACCCCCAGUCAAAGAUGAUUGGCUGAAGGUGUCAACUCCAGAUUCACCUCGGCCUUCAUCUCCUUCUCCUGGUGGGAGUAGAAGAAAUCCUGGUGGUGGUCGUGCGCCACCUCCACCCCCAUUGACUAAUCGACAACCCCCAGGGCCUCCACCUGCAAGUAACCGCAUGCCACCUCCAAAUGCACCUCCACGGCCAUUGAGUGGUGCAGGCAUAGGUCAGCCUCUCAUACCUUCUCGUAGCCCAAGUGGAAAUGCACCUUCUAUUCCUCCUCGAACCUAAACAAGAGACUUCUUGUGGUACACUCGGUGGGAUGUCCCCUGCCACUGCCGAAACCUUCAGCACUUCCAGUAGCUUUUUCUUUUGUCAGCUUUUGCUUGCUUUGAGUACAUAACAGGGCUCUUGCAGCUUUCAUAAAUGGGACUAUAUAAGUGUUUUAGUUUAGUUCAAAGAUAUAUUAAGAACAUCAAAUAAUAUAUAAGUAAGGCUAUUGAGAGGUGGCAUCAUACCACUUAGUGUAUUGGUAUAAUUUACUAGUAAUAAAUUCAAAGAUGAAAAUAGUAUAAUUUUGACAUCUUCAUGUAAACAAAGCUUUGUUCUAGUACGAAGAGCCCUGGUGUGACCAAAGAAUUGUUGGAUGUACUUUUACUAAACAAUUUUAAGAGAUAUCCUGUUAGCUGCUGUAGAAUUGUUGCUUGUAGGAUUUUUCUUAACCAGGAAAAAAUGUGUGCUAUGUCAAAGGUUACGAAAAGGAGUUGGUGGUUAGCAACUACUAAACAUAUCGUUAAUUUUGUAAUUUUUAAGACUAAGACUAAAAUUUUUUUAAUAAAUCUCGCAUGUAUUUUUCAGUCAUCAAUUUUCAAUACUGAUUAAUUUUUAUGUACAGUUGACUUAUGUUACUUGUGUUUAUAUCAUCUUUUUAAUUGAAAUCAUAUUGUUUAAGAACAUCUUUGGCAUUAAAUAUUCUGUGAAAGAAGAUCUGAAAGGCUUUAAGUAAUUCAAAAUUUAGCGUAGAUAAAAUCAGCAGAACUUUUCUGUUGGGCUUUUUUUAAUAACAUUUUGGUGUAUUUGCACUGUGCUUGAUGUCAUUUAAAAUGUGUGAUAUAAUGAAUUAUUGUAUUCUAGUUAUUCUGUAGGUGAGUGUAUUACAUUCUGAAAUCAUGAAAUAAGUAAAGAAUUAAUGAACUCUUUUCAGGAAUAACAAGAUUAUAGGAAUUAUUGUAUAGAUUUAUAAAUGAAGAACUAUACACACAUAUACUAUAUAACAUACAUAUAUAAAUAUAUAUAGAAAUAUCGAUGUGCAAAUUUCUGACAUUUACUUGUAUAUGUUAGAUAUGAAAGUAGUUCGUUUUAGUUGUCUUUGUGAAUUGUGAAUUUUUCAGAAGAUUUAAUGAAUGAAGAGUACAAAGGUUAUUGACAAGUAUUUAUUUUCUCCCAAACUCUUAAGUUUUUCUAAUAUAAUUUUUUUAGAUUGUCUUGAAAGUAAUAUUCUUAUAAUCUAAGUAUGUUAUAAUUUAUCAUUUUUAUUUUUGAAAACCACUGAACAUAGAACUUGUCAUUCUUUUUAUUAUGUAAUUAUGUGCAUUCACUGUGGCAUAUAUAAGUAUCAAUGACAUUCUAUCAUAAAAAAUUAGGACUGUAAAUUUUUGCAUUUGAAUUGUGAGACACAAAACAGUUUCAGUGUAUAAACAUUAAACUGACUUAAGCUGUAAUUAUAUAAAUUCCUAAACUGCUUAAAUUUAAUUAGUAGCUAUGGUUUAAUACAUGAUGUUGCAGUUUCACAUGUGAAAUAAGUUGUUUUUUCCUAUGCAUACUGUUCUGUUUAAGGGAAGUAACUGGAGUAAACAUCAAGUUGCUCAUUUAGAUUCACUUAAUGAGUUAUUUAAUGCCAUAAUAAAUUAUAAGUAUAGGGCUUACUUUGAAUAUUUGGUUUCAGUUUUAAAUGACAUUUUUCUUUUGAAUAAUAACUGCAAUAAUUUUGUUUGCAUGAAUAAAAUCAACUGCAGUUUUUGAUUUAUGAAAACAUUUUAUUAAACUAUUGAAUGAAAAUUUAUAAUGCAUAAAAAUAUUAACAGUCUGGAUAGUCAGUCAUCUGUCUAAAUCACAUGAAAGUAUUCAUGGGAUUGAAAUUAUUACUUACUAAUGAAAUACAAAAAUUUUACUUUUGAGGAAAAUAUAAACUUUUUUAAAAUAUAAGAAUAUAUUUUUGAAAGAUAAAGGUGCUUAUAUGUAUUGCCUCUUGUAAUUUUAUUACUUAGGAUUAUUGCUGUAUGUUCUACUUUGUAGGAUUUAGUGUAUUAAUUUUAUUUUGUUAAAGUUAAGCAGGCUUAGAGUUUACAGAAAUGAAAUCAACAUAGUAUGUAACAUUACAAUUUACAUUGUUCCAUACAGAACUGUGUUUGAAGUUCCAUACUGAAAUCUCCCAAUAUUUUAAAAUUUCUCUCAGUUUUAUGAAAGUAAUUUUUUAAAUACUUUAUUGAAACUGUAAUAAAUGAAUACAUCUACUAAACUCUCAGCCUGAUUGUUCAUUAAUAGAUUAUUUUCUAAGAAUAAGUUUUCAUAAUUGUUAAGAUUAUUGUCAUGUUUUCUUAGGCGACCUGUACCUCUCAUCCCACCUCGAAUUCCUGAUCGACCCCAGGUGCAAGCCAAGCCACUAAUUAUUAGGCAAAAUCAGUAAUGACAGCUUUAGCUUAUUUUUUAUAAGGUCCAUUAUAAGAUAAUCAUCCAGAACUUUUUUAACAGGAAGAAAACUGUGAUUUUGUACAUAAAAUAUAUUAACCGAUAUGUUUGUUCUUGGGAUAUGAAUUUCAAAUGCUCAUUGUCAACCAUGAUUCCAGUCUUUUCAUAUAUUUGCUGAAAAUUGAUUUUAAAGUAAAAUGUGUUGGAAAUACAAGAGUUUAAUGUAUUGAACAUUAAUUUAUUAUCUAGUUUAUUUAAAAAAAAUCUAUUUUCCCCCCUCAUUUAAAAAGAUUGGUGUUGACUUUUUAAGCCUUUGCACUCUUAAAUUCUAGUAUUAUGCCUUCAAGGCAAGUACUUGUUGCAUUUGUAUGACAGUACAACUGUUAAUUGAAAGUGCAAAUAAUUAAUAUGCAUUCCAUUAAAAAUUUUGCUCUGUGAUUUUUCUUAAUUUGUUACUUUUGACUAUCGCAAAGAUUUUUUAUUUACCUAAAGUUCCUAAAAUUAUUUGUGUGCUUUUAGUUUAAUGAAGUAUUAUUUUAUUUGUAUUUUAUUCAUACUUUAUUUUGUUUAUGUGUGAUGGUGUGCCAAAACAAAUUUUUCUACUAUAUAAAAGUUCCUAAAUUUAGGAAACUUUUAUAUCUACAUUUAUUUUAAAUGCAUGCAUUAAUCAUAUUAAACUAAAUAUGUCUUUUGAAAUAAGGGAAGUUUUGAUUAUUAAAGAGAUUAAACUAAAAUGAAAAAAAAAAAGAUAAAAAACAAAUUGAUUAAAUAAAGCUUUAAAGCUUCCAUAUUUCUAGUACAAGUAUCUUUUAAUAAAUGAGUUGAGUUUAAAAGCAGUCAUUCUUUUUUAGUUACAGACUGUAUGUGACU